AGGAUACAACAAGCACUGACUAGAAGCGGUUUUUCACUUUAUCAACUAAUAUUCGUCUCGUUAUUUUGUGUUCUUCGUGCAACUGAACUGAAUUAUGAGGAUAAUCUUAGCGCGACGAGUUCGUUGGCGUCGAAUCUUCGAAAAGCGUACACGAACGAGUGGGCGGUACGAAUCGCUGGCGGUUCCGAGGAGGAGGCGACGAGACUGGCCGCCAAGUACGGGUAUCUGAACUUGGGUCGAAUUCUUUGGAUGGAACAGCAAGUGGCCAAGAAGCGCGUCAAAAGGGACUAUCGGCAACGGACACGAUCGCGGCGGGCUCGACCGAUUAAUGAGAAUGAUCUGAGUUUUGGCGAAGACGAAACACUCGUCAGUAAAUCACGGAAUCGGAAGCAACCGGACCCAAACGAUCCACUUUGGACUGAUAUGUGGUACUUGAAUCGGGCCGAAAUCACCGGCAACUCCAAGAUGGACCACAACGUGAAAGAGGCCUGGGAUCUCGGCUAUACCGGUCGCGGAGUCGUGGUGACGAUCUUGGACGACGGCCUCGAACGGACACAUCCCGACAUCGCACCCAACUAUGACGCUCGUGCCUCGUACGACGUCAACGACCGCGAUGACGAUCCGAUGCCGCGCUAUGAGUAUUCCGAUGAGAAUCGCCACACCUUGGCCAAAUGUGCCGGCGAGAGCAUCUACACCCUCUCGAUCUCGGCCGCUACUGAAAAUGGCAACAUUCCGUGGUACUCGGAAGCAUGUAGUAGCACCUUGGCUAGCACAUAUUCCAGUGGUGCAACUGGCGAGAAAAUGAUCGUCACCACUGAUUUGCACCAUGCCUGCACCAACACCCAUACGGGGACGUCAGCCAGCGCCCCGCUGGCCGCGGGCAUAGUGGCGUUGACACUCGAAGCCAACCCGGACCUGACGUGGAGGGAUUUACAGCACAUUGUGAUCCGAGCGGCUAAGCCGAUCAAUCUCCGUGCUGGCGACUGGGUGACGAACGGCGUUGGACGAAAUGUCUCACACUCCUUCGGCUACGGUCUCAUGGAUGCCGGCGCCAUGGCAAUUGGCGCGGAACUGGACAACAGCUCCCGAACAGCACAAAUGCAGACAGUUCUACCCGAGUCGAUUCAAGACAAUACCUCAUGGGAAUCGACUCCACUGCACGCUCUCACCUACGGUUGCGCUGGUUCGCCUGACGAGCAGGUUGUGUAUUUGGAGCAUGUGCAAGCAAUUAUCACACUGAAGGCCCCAAAGAGAGGCGACAUACAGAUCUACCUGACAAGCCCUUCAGGCAGACCCUCUACUUCUGCUGACCAAACCGCGCGGGAUACGAGUCGGCCGGUUAUCGAAUGGCCGCUUUCAGCCUACACACAUGGUGAGCUCCUGCCGGCCUGGACCUUGAAUGACAACGAGACGCGCCAAGCUAUAACUCAUCACAUAACCUUUUUCAAUGCCGAUUGGAAAAUGGGAAUCUGGUAUGUCGUUACUCGACGACCACUCAAUACGGUGGAGGCCAUAACUCGGCCC